GGGUUCACAUGAUAAUGUAACACGUCUUGAGAGGAAGCAUCUACACCUGCAAACCCCCCCUGAGCCUUCAGUAAAUCUAUUAAUGUGACUAAAGCCGAUUCUCAGACUCACUCAGUCUAUUUGUUGUUUUUUGACAACUUUUUUUGGACUCAUUGAUUUCCCUCAGACCACAGCUCAUUAUCCUGAUUUUUUAGCUGGAAAGGCCUGCGUUGUGUUUGUCACAGUACAGACAGUGAGCUGUCUCAUUUUUGGUUUGUUGUCACCAUGUUUGGCCUGCACGCUGACCAGUAAAACUGUCCCAUCUUUCCCCUUUCUUCCUUUUUUAUUUGCAUGGAGGAAUUUUAACACUCUUUAAAAUUGACACUGAUCUUUAUUGAAGCCCUGAAUAACUCAGAUUGUAUUGCUUGUCAUUACACAAAGCAUACAUUUCUAAAAAUAUGCAAGAAUUAGUGGUGGUUUCCCUGUGGCGAGCACCACAUGGAGCUCUCUUUUAUCUCGUUUUCACAUCGCUGCUUGCUGCAAAACAUAUAAGACAAAUAAAUGAGUUUCAUCAGGUAAACAAGGCUUUGGCCUAAUUGAAGAGAUACAGACAAGACAAGGAUUGUGUUAAUAAAUCUGCGACGGUGAAUAAGUCCUGCUUGAAAUGAGCGUUUAAAGCACAGAGAGAUGAUUUUGCGCGUAAGACUGGAAACAUUUACACAUAUAAAAAUAGUUUAGACAGAUUCUAUCUGCAGAGCAUCGUGCCCAGAAAAACGCAAGUAGGCGUAUUAUUUGCGUGAAAAUAUAAUCAUAAGGUGGAAUGGAUGUUUAUUUUUUAAACCAAAUCUGAUUAAUUUGUAUUUUUUCUAAAAAUAAAAAAUCCUAUUAUUUCAAAUUGUUUAAUGCAACGUGUCCCCGCCCUCUAGCCUAUCACUGAUCACUGCCCCGCCCCAGACAAUAUAUUUAUACCACACACAGUUAUCAUGGUAUUCUGGGACACCCAAACAUCUGAUUAGGACUAAUUAAACUCCCAAAACUGUGAGGUUUAAAUCAUAGAAUUUCAUAAAACUCAAUUUUAGACCUACUAAACUCGCAUUAAAUGGCAAAUAACAUAAGAAGUUAUUUAUUUCUAUUUCUAACCCUUUCACAAUGAGCCGUUUAUUAGACUUUACCGCACCUCAUUUGCUUUGGAAAUCAAUAGAAUACGCGCACUGAAAUUACUUUAAGUCCAUUUCAGUUUAUACAACUUACACUCCGGCCUCCUCUGCUUUAAAUUGGGGAAUAAAAGUAAUGAAAAUGUCAAUACCAUAAAGUGGUGGUCCUGCGCGCAGCCCGAAUCGGGAGUUUUUGAGGGAAGAGUGACAGCUCUUUGUUGGUGAAUAGAAAUCAGCAGCGAUGCAGGGAGAGAGAGAGAGAGAGAGGGAGAGAGAGGGAGGGAGAGAGAGAGAGAGAGAGGAACUCCUCCUACCAAAUUAUUCAGACUGGGCCGGCUUUGCUCUCUUCACAAAUAGGACACGGUUCUCAAAUCCAGGCAGUCCCAACCUGACCUCCAAGCACCGAGGAACCCCUGACUGGGAAACCGGGAGAGAGAAAUCACCAAGAAAAAAAAAAAAAGAGAAACAACAAAAACUUUGUGUCAUUAUUUUUGGCCAGUGUUACACACUGCAAGCCCCCCUUCCCCUCCUCCCUCCCCUCCACCACCACCAACAACUUCCACCGCAUCAUUUGGACUAUAUAUUUUUCUUCUGGAGGAGAAACAUUGACGGGAAGAAGGAGAAAAAAAAGCUGGUGCAUCACCACCAUUGCUCCUCCUGUCCCACCCAUGCUGUAGUUUCUUCCUUUUUUCUUCCACUUGCUUUUGCACGCUGCCGAGGAGCUGAUCUGAGCCUGUGGGGUCGGUGUGGUUGUUUUGUGUGCCUCUCUUAGAGCCUCAGAGCCCAGUUGGAUGCGCUGAGAGAGCGGGGCGCAGCGCUGCGGUACAGUAUAUGGAAGUUGUGAGCUGCAAGACAGAGGCAGGCAGUUGCACGUUGCGUCCAGGACCGGGAGCCAUGCUUUUCCACGGGAUCUCCGGGGAUCACAUCCAAGGGAUCAUGGAGGAGAUGGAGAGAAGGUCGAAAACGGAGUCGCGCCUGGCGAAGGGCAUGCAGCUCAACGGAAGAGAGUCGACUAUGCCUUCUAUGAGCCCGGAGAAACCUGCCCUGUGUGCCGGCUGUGGCGGCAAGAUUUCGGAUAGAUACUACCUCCUGGCCGUGGACAAACAGUGGCACCUGCGGUGUCUCAAAUGCUGUGAAUGUAAACUAGCGCUGGAGUCGGAGCUAACGUGUUUUGCCAAGGAUGGGAGUAUCUAUUGCAAGGAGGAUUACUACAGGUUCUCCGUGCAGAGGUGCGCGCGCUGCCACCUCGGGAUAUCAGCUUCGGAGAUGGUGAUGCGAGCUCGCGACUCCGUGUACCACCUGAGCUGCUUCACGUGCACCACCUGCAACAAGACCCUGACCACCGGAGACCACUUCGGCAUGAAGGACAGCCUGGUGUACUGCCGGCUGCACUUCGAGACGCUGGUGCAGGGACCGGACUACCACCCUCAGCUCAACUUCGCCGAGCUGGCAGCGAAGGGCGGCGGCCUCACUCUGCCCUACUUCAACGGCACCGGCACCGCGCAGAAGGGGAGGCCCCGCAAGAGGAAGAGCCCGGCCAUGGGGAUAGAUAUACCCAGCUACAACACAGGCUGCAACGAGAACGACACCGAUCACUUGGACCGGGACCAGCAGGCCUACCCUCCAACACAGAAGACCAAACGCAUGCGGACCUCCUUCAAGCACCAUCAGCUGCGGACAAUGAAAUCCUACUUUGCCAUCAACCACAACCCAGAUGCCAAGGACUUAAAGCAGCUGGCCCAGAAAACAGGCCUCACUAAGAGAGUUCUACAGGUUUGGUUCCAAAACGCAAGAGCCAAAUUCAGAAGGAACGUUUUGCGACAGGAGAAUGGAGGUGUUGAUAAGGCUGAUGGCACCUCACUCCCUCCACCCUCAUCCGACAGUGGGGCCCUGACCCCCCCCUCCAGCGCGGCCACACUAACAGACCUGACAAACCCCUCUAUCACUGUAGUGACCUCCGUCACCUCUAGUUUGGACAGCCAUGAUUCGGGGAGCCCUUCGCAAACUACCUUGACAAACCUUUUCUAACAAGCUAUCUCUAGCAGACUGAUUUAUUUUUUUUUUAUUUUACCUGAAUUUAUUUGUUUUGUUUUUCUUCUGAUUUCCUUUUGAUUUUCUUUCCUCGAUUUACAUUUUAUUUUUUUAAGUGACACCUUUAAAUCAACCAGAGACAGCUCCUUGGAACAGAAAGUGCUGUACCGUGUACACAAACAAGAACAACAAGAGCAACAACAGCAGCGACCACAUUAAAACACGAGGAAAUCAUUUUAAUGUGUAGCAUUUGAAACUGCAUGCCAAAUGCAGGGAUUGAUUUUGGACGGGACAUUUUGGGAGUUGAAGGCAUUAGAAAAUUGUCAAGGAUUCCACAAUUUAUUGGAGAAAAAAAAACUAAACUUGAACCUUGUCUGGAAAACUAGAUUUCUUUCUUGAUUUGAUUUUAUUUGUACAUUUGUAUUGAAUUAUGCUAAAAAAAAAAAAAGAGCCCUUCCUAAUUUAUGCUUAAUUGGUAAUCUUUAAAACAAUAUGAAUAUUUUGCCCUCAGAAACCUGUAUAUGUAUGCACUGUGUUCGCACUAUCCAAUUUAAAGAUUUUUUUUUCUGUUUUGGAAUAAUUUGGGAAAUAAACUUGUAGAAUGUUCUGUAUAAGGGUAACUCCAGAAAACAGGCUUUAAUUAUUUCCGAAUGUUUCAGUCUCUAAGACUGAGUUGGAUGGAAUCAGACAUUGGGAUCUCACAGAGCUACAUGUAAAAUGUCUAAAUUACAUUGUAAGCGCCUGACCAUUGCAGCUUAUAUGGCCGAUAGAUGCUGAAACCACACACAUCUCUGUCUUGAUUCACAACUCUACUGUGAUAAAGAGCAAGAAGCAAAAUCCCACAAUCUGUACAGUGGUAACUGUUCAACAUGUAAUGCAGUCACAUUGAUAGUUAUUGUUUGAUAAUUAGAAAUCAGCAAGAGAAACUCAAAUUGGAGAGCAGUUUAUGGGCACUGUUGUUAUCAACUGUUUUCAUGACAGAGCACUUUUAUUUUGGACUCGUUGGCCUCAUAGAUCAAACAGUCAAAUGGAUCAAGCCUAGCAAACAUAUCCACAGAUCCACAGCUAAACUCAAUUGCACAGUGACAAUAUACUGCCCAGUGAAAAGUGCAUUAUUGUUUUUAUCAUGUUGCUCAGGGUAACGAUGUGAUUUUAAAAAGGGAAAAAGAGCAGGAGUGAGAAAUUAAGUGGUUGCGACGUUGCAGACUAGAUUUUUAGAGCUGACAUGAACAUUCAAAUGACCUCAGAUAGGUGGAGUCGUAAUAGGCAGCCAGUGGGAAAUCAUUGUCCAUGUGUUCUCCUUUUUGGCCAUAUUUAUACUUUCUUUAAUGACACUUGCCACUGAACAGACCAAAAACAUGUUUCUUCUGGCUGAAAGAUAGAGAGAAAAGGAAGAAAGAAAGAAAGAAAGAAAGAAAGAAAGAAAGAAAGAAAGAGCAAAUCUUCAAUGGAGUUGAUACAUUUCAUUGUGAGCGUCACAACUUGUUCUAUUGUAGAACAAAGUGGUACUCUUGAUCUACUUAAUGAAGUAGAUGCCUAACUCAGUUCUACUAUGUGCCUUAUGCUAUAACUUGGGAGAAAGUUUGUGAAAUUCAGGAUAUAUGUGUUCUUUGUUAACUGAUUCACAUCCUUUUGGCGCCUCACUAGUUUUGUACUGUUUUGCAUCUUAUUUCCGAAGAUCUUUUUAUGGUGUAUCCUGUUAAAAAGGGGGCAGCGAUGUCAUAGAAAGCAUUUGUGCACUCUUUCAGAUAUAGUUGGGUAAUCCAAGAACCUUAUAUAUUGAUCUUCGUGUUAAUAGUUGAGUACAGUAAGUGUUCUAUCAAGAUUGUCCAUGUUUCCCUGUUUCUUGAUAAAGAUGGUGUAUAGAAACUAUUUCCCCUUAAAUAUUUAUGGACCAAACGGUUGUUAUAUAUCUUAUUAAAUUUGUGUGAAUAAAAAUACUUUGCUUUAAA